AUGGCGGAACGUAUGGAAGUAGAUUUGUCGUUAGACGAUAUAAUUAAGAGAAAUAGAGGAAAGUUCAGUAGUAAUUAUAGAAACAGAGGCGGUCGAGUUAUGCGUAGCCGUGGUACUCGUGGUAAUAGAGCAAACAAUCCUGGAAGAGGUGCUCGUACGAAACAGUAUUUCAACAGAGGAAACUUUACGUCACUGAGAGGCGUUUUUAAACCACGAGCCAGACCUGCAUUUUUGUCGACCAAUACAAUUAGACGUGGAUCGAUUAAUAAUGUUGAAAGAGGACCUGCAAAACUCUUAAUUUCAAAUCUUGAUUAUGGCGUUUCUGAUUCAGACAUUAAAGAGUUAUUUGGAGAUUUUGGCAAUCUACGCAAAGCAGUCGUACAUUAUGAUCAGUCUGGUCGUUCUCUUGGUACUGCUGAUGUAGUUUUUGAAAAACGUAAUGAGGCAGUUCGUGCAAUGGCACAAUAUAAUGGAGUACCUCUUGAUGGUAGAGCUAUGAAGAUACAAAUUACCAGCUCAUUUACACCAAGAUUCAAUUCCUUUUCAUCAAACAUUGGAAGAAGAGGGAGUGCUGGAAGAGGACGUGGAAUGACAAGGGGAAGAGGUCGUGGUCGUGGAGGGUUUAACAGAGUGUAAACAGAAGAGGAUAAAAGAUGCAAGAAAAGGCAGAGGAUAUUGCAAGAUUUUAUGUACAUCAAGUGAUAACUGUUGCAUUGUUUAAACAGCUGCAUUUAUAAAGGACUAGUGCAGAUAUGUAUGCUAUUGUUAAGCAGUUAUGUAAUGGAUUUUGAGUCAUGUGUCAUUACACUCAUUUUAUAUCAUAAUUAUGUAUUAAUCAUUUCAUAUUGUCCAUUUCAAAAUAAAUUGUUACAUUAAAAAAUGGUGUUUAAUUUAUUAAUCA